AUGGUCUACGUUCGCCAGGAACGCCUCCCGGCGCUCAAGGAGUACAAGUACUCUGCCGUCGACCACUCGCUGACGUCAAAGUACAUCCUGAAGCCCUUUUACACGAAUGUCGUGAUCAAGAUGUUCCCCAUGAGCAUGGCGCCGAACCUCAUCACGCUGACGGGAUUCACCUUUGUCAUUGCAAACGUCCUGACGCUGCUCUGGUAUAACCCGACGCUCGACCAGGACUGCCCUAGCUGGGUGUACUACUCGUGGGCCGUUGGCCUGUUCCUAUACCAGACUUUUGAUGCCGUGGACGGAUCGCAGGCUCGACGAACGCACCAGUCCGGACCGCUCGGCGAGCUCUUUGACCACGGCGUCGAUGCGCUCAACACAUCCCUCGAAGUUCUCGUCUUCGCCGCGUCGCAAAACAUGGGCCAGGGUUGGAUGACGGUCGCCGUCCUCUUCUCUUCCCUCCUCACCUUCUACGUCCAGACCUGGGACGAGUACCACACAAAGACCCUGACCCUCGGCAUCGUCAACGGCCCCGUCGAGGGCGUCCUCAUCCUCGUUGGCGUCUACGCCCUGACCGGUUACAUGGGCGGCGCCUCCUUCUGGCAGCAGUCCAUGCUCCGCACCUUUGGCGUCUCCGAGAAGCUGGGGGUCCCCGCCGCCCUCUACGAGCUCUCCUUUACGCAGUGGUACAUGGUCCAGGGCUCCUUCGUCCUCGUCCUCAACACCAUCGAGUCGGCGCGGAACGUCAUCCAGGCCCGCCGCGCACGCGGCGACCGCUCCCGCGGCGCGCUGCUGGGUCUCCUACCCUUCUUCGGCAUGUGGGUGCUCAUCAUCUCGUACCUGCUCCUCAACCCGGCCAUCCUGCACGCCCAUCUCGUGCCGUUCGUCAUGUUCGCCGGCAUCGUGAACGCCUACUCUGUCGGCCAGAUGAUCACGGCCCACCUCGUCAAGCUCGACUUCCCCUACUCCAACGUCCUCGGCCUGCCGCUCGCCUUUGGCGUCGGUGACGCGCUUGGUCCCGUCCUGCAGCGCAACUUUGGCUUCGGCUGGCCCAGCGCCCUCGGCGACGGCGUUUACCAGGUCGCCUUUAUGUUCUCCAUGCUCGGCAUGGCUGUCGGUGUCUACGGCAGCUUCGUGGUGGAUGUUAUUGUCACCAUUUGCGACUACCUCGACAUCUGGUGCCUGACCAUCAAGCACCCGUGGGUCGAGGGCAAGGAGAGCAACGGCAGCGCCCAGGUGGCCGGCAAGAAGUCGCAGUAG